CCAGCAAGAUUUAAUCUGUAAUGAGAGAGAUGUUUUCAUUCAGCAUCUGAUUUCCAACCAGAGGAGGAGUUCUGGGCUGGACAACGAGGAACCAGAAUCUCUGCUGAUUAAAGAGGAGCCAGGUGAUCUGUGCUCUAGCCAGGAGGAAGUGCAGAUUGUGCUGAAGGAGGAGACCGACACAUUUAUAUUGAUCCCAACUUGUGAGGAACCAGACUGCAGUGAGUUGGAACCCAACAAAGACCGGACCCUCUCUGAAGAUACCCUGGAAGCUGAAGACCAAAAUUAUGAAGGAUCCAGCAGCAACAAAGAGCUGAAACCAAAGGAUCAAGGUCUGAAAACUGGUGAACAGAAAGAGGAGAAAACUCCUGACAUUGAUCAUAAUCUGUAUUUCUGUAAAAUGUGCACUAAAGGUUUUACUCAGAAGCAUUACUUAUCUAAACACCUGAGAGUUCACUCAGGUGGAAAGCCUUUCAUAUGCCCAAGCUGUAGCAAGAGUUUUAAAAAUAAACUCAGUUUGAUCGUCCACAUGAGAAGCCACACUGGUGAGAAGCCGUUCCCUUGUGUGACCUGUGGGAGACGGUUUGCCCACCAGAUCAGUUUGAGUCUCCACAUGAAAGUUCACGCAGGUGAGAAGCCAAAUGAAUGCAAAGUGUGUGGCAAGUGUUUCCUCACCAGCAGUCACCUGACAUGUCACCUGAGAACUCACACAGGUGAGAAACCUUUCUCAUGCAUAUCCUGUGGGAAAGGUUUCAGCCAGAAAGAUAAUUUAAAGAGACAUGUGAAUAUCCACAGAGGGGAGAAGCCUUUUUCCUGUAUCACCUGUGAGAAAGCUUUUUAUCAGAAAAGUCAGCUAAAUGCGCAUCUGAAGACUCACAGCAGCGAACGACCGUUUUCUUGUGACAUCUGUGGGAAAGGCUUCUGUGACAGCCACGAUCUGUCCACUCAUAUAAGAAUCCACACAGGUGAGAAGCCUUUCCAGUGUCUCACCUGUGGCAAAAGGUUUAGUCAGAGAGGAAAUUUAACUAUACACUUGAGGACUCAUACUGGCGAGAAGCCUUUUGAAUGUUUAACCUGUGGCAAGAGUUUUUGUCAGAAAGGUAAUUUAACUGCACACCUGAGCACUCACAUCAGCGCCAGACCAUAUGCAUGUGAAACCUGUGGGAAAGCCUUCUGUGACAGCCACGAUCUGUCCACUCACAUGAGAACCCACUCAGGUGCGAAGCCUUUUCAGUGUCUCACCUGUAGCAAAAGUUUUAAUAAUAGAUUUAACCUGAUUGCCCACAUGAGAACACACACAGGAGAAAGGCCCUUUCAGUGUGGGACCUGCGGAAAAGGCUUCUGUCAGAGAGGGAAUUUAAACGUCCACAUGAGGACACACACAGGGGAGAAACCCUUCCCAUGUCCGACCUGCGGCAAACGCUUUCAGAGAAAAGGUAAUUUAACGGCACACAUGAGCACGCACAGUUAGCAGAGAGUACUUAACUCCACCCAAACACUCAGAAAGAGCCAGGAGGUGAGUUUUUCUGAAAGUCCUUUAGGCUACUGUUUCUGUAGCUUAAAGAUGAAUAAUUGCAUCUGUAGAGAUUACAGGGUGACACAGGAGUGGAUUUUCACUCCUGUCCCAUCCCACUCCCACAGAAAAAAAAUGUCCGGGCCAGAGUAAAAAAUAAAGUCCUGUCUCAUCCCACACCUGGUAAAAUUACUCUCACUCCCAUUCAGAAUGACUCCCACUCUGGCGCCACUCCCAUUCUUGUUGUCUUUAUUAAGUUUUCUGGUAAUACAUUGAACCUGAAUUUCUUUGAAGGGUCAGUUAGGUUCCUGGUUUUAGCUGUAGUAAAGGCCGGUUAAAGUAAAAGGAAUAAUAGUAAAUAAAUAAUAAAGGUAACAAACAUGGAAACAAACCAUGUCUAUCUUAGUUGAAUAAACAAAAUGUACAAUGUCGCCUUUUACUAAUUUAUCAAGUAAUUGUUUCCUUUGAACAAUGAAGUUACUUUUAUUUUUCAAAUUGCGGAAACUAAAGAAAAUUGCACCUAGCAAGAGUUCUAUACUUAAUUAACAUAAAAGUGCAUAAAGGCAUUACUUUCAUAAUUUAGAUAAUGUACCUUAAUGGUUCAAAAACUCAGUUUUAUAAGGGAAAAGUUUAAUAUGAUACAAACAUAUUAAUAUUUGUCCAUUUGCAUGAAAAUAUCCACAAAUUGGUUCUGAUAGUAAAUCAGGAUUUACUUUCAUCGAACAUUAAACACAUUCUCGGGUAAUGAGUUCAGGAAACACGUUUUACAAACACUGUGACCUUUAACUCUUGUCAAGUCCGUUAAUAUGUGUGACUUUCCACUCAGCUCUGUCAGUUUAAUAAAUAAGUCCUUACUUCUGACUUUGCGUUGCAAAUCCAACUUUUCCAGGUCGAGUUCGCCACUAGAGGUUUCUCCUUCCAUUGCUGUUUUUUGAAUGCGGGUGGAAAACAUAGAUCGGAAGCACUGUUGGUCUUUGGGUGGUGUAGUUCUUUUAACUCGCAUUAUAGUUUAGACUUUUUGGAAAGUCUGCUCCCGUUGAUAUCUAAUCCUGUACCGUCCCAAUCACGUGAUCUUUACUAACGCUGACUCUGAUCCCACGGGAUUCCCGAAAAAAUGUCUGCCUCUAGAGAUGAAUAAGGCCAUACUGUCUGAAGGGGGGGGGG